UUCCUUCACCACCUAACAUCACCACACGUCUAUUAUCUCCCUCAUUUGUCAUCACCACACUCGCCCUCUGUCUCCCCCUCGCCCCGCCCCGCUCUCUCAAUAAUAACGAACAGGCAAUCGCGUCUUUAGUGGUGGUUGUUUAGUUAUCUGGGUGUUGCAGAGGGUGACAUCAUUAGAAAGGAAGAUAAAGCCAGGAGUUAUAGUAAGGGGUUGGAGGGAUGGGUAGGUUAAGCUAGAUUGGGGACUGGGGAGUGGAGAGGUGAGGUGUGGUAAUAGACAAUAGUAGUAUACGUACGCUGUGUAGGAUGGACGUGCGGAAGUGAGGAAAUUUAUAUUAUUGAAUAGUAUGUGCGUUAACUUUGCUGUUAGUUUGUGUUGUGGGAGGAAGAAGCAGUGAAUGUACAGGAGAGAGAGAGAGAAAGAAAAAUACGUAUGAUUUUUAUCGCUAUCCAAACGUUUUGUCUCAUGAUUCACCCCCUUUUUCUUUGCAAUACGUUUUGUUUGGUCUAUUCUCACGCAACAUGCGAGAUAAAUGCGAGAGCACCGAAUACAGAGAAUGGCAAACUAGGACGUGAGAGGAGAGGACAUUUCUAGGACUAAAACGUAUUCCGUCUAAACUACGCCAGUCUGUCCUAAGUGUAUUCACGCCAGCAGACCGAGACCUUGACAAGGUAACUGCCUGCCUGACAUGCCUAGUAGUGGCCUCUCAAUCACUUCCCUUAUUCCCAACACCUCCAAUACAUCCUUAUACCACCAUACACCUAAGCACAGAUGAGGUGUGAGUUACGUCUGGCUGUCUACCAGUAUAAGCAAUGGGAGCUACGUAUGACUCGAUGAAGACUGACUUCUGUGAACUUUUGAGGUUGAAUCAAGAACUGUCACCAGGCGAGAGAAGAAUAUGUGACUGAAGGAAACGAUGGAUGAGAGACAACAAUGCUACGACUUGAACAGAUAUUAUGCCCACCAUUUCUUGCGGAAUGUUUGCAAUCCGACCUUGGCAGAGUUACUGGCCAGGACAUUCAAAUACAGCAGAUACAUUCAGGAGAAACUGUAUGGCAAAGAGGGAUUCUAUAACAAAACAUUAUUUGAAGUCCUGACCAUAGUGAGCAGGAGAGGGAAGAGAGAAAGAGACAAAGAAAGCAAGAAAGCAGUAACAAGGAAUAAUGACAGUGGCAGGAAACCAAAACCUCUGAAUAACCUGCCAGACUAUAAGACAUUACUGAACCAGGUGAAAGUCUGCCAGUUUUUGGAGGAUAAUGAGGUGAAGGAGAAUAGUGAGGUGGUAAGGACUUUGUGUGAAGUGGACUCAGCGCUCCUGCUCCACACCCUCACCAAUGACAUCUUUGAAUUUCCACUGUCAGACCUAGAGAGCAUCCUGAACAUCCUGACAGAUGACAGGAACUGCCUCUUUCACAAUGAUCAUGCCGUACCAAUUCAAGCAUUGCAGGAGUCCAUAUGGAAUGGAGUUCAGGCUAUUCACAAGUAUUUGGGUAAAGACAUGGCUAGCUUUCAGGAGAAGAAGAAGCGCUAUAUUCCUCCACUUCAGAGCACCUUCUACUCUUUGAUGAGUGAGCUGCAGCAAGAGGCCAGCCAGUGGUAUUCUGAGAACAUCCCCUUGAAUGAAUACCUCAUGCGGCCGGUCUUCAAGCACCUCAGAAAUGACUGCCAGUCAUAUGAGAUUCUAGAGAACCUGGAGGAGUUCCUGAUGGAUAACAGGGCAAGUGGGAACCAAGAACCUCAACCCAUCCUGCUGUGUGGAGCUCCUGGAGCUGGCAAGUCAGCCAUCCAACACAGCUUGGUGCACACCUUCAGGAACUCCACGGAGUUCCAGCUGGUGGUCCCCAAGGAGAACAACAACAGUAUCAACAAGAGUAGAGAUGAAUUCUGGAGUGAUGUGUACAACUCCAUCAUCAACAACCCUCUCACAUUGCAAAGGCAUGGGCAGCAGGUUGUACUGGAUGUUUUGAGGGAUUUCUCCAGUAGAUUUCUCUUCUUAUGGGAUCUGAAUCUUCAGGAUGCGAGGAACCGGCUGCCUCACAUGGACCGAGGGACUUGGGUUGUAUCAUACCAGGGGGUGCCAGAAACCUCCACCAGCUACCAUGUUAUCAAAGUGGCAUCACUCUCAGAGACACAGGUUUGCCAGGUUUUGUGGAACAUCACAGAUUCAGAGGAGCACUAUAACCAAGUGCGGAAUUGCUACAGGCACUGUGAUUACAAGGGAAUCAUCAACACCCCAGACAUGGUGCGCAUCUUUGACAAUGUGUGUCUGGGGAUGGCAGGCUGUGCCCCUUUCUACAAGCUCAUACAGACAUACAUAAAUAACAAGAUUGAUUUAACAGAAGAAAAUGAAGUUGAAGUGAUAAAACUUGGGCAGAAGGCAUUUCAUAUGAUACAAGGCAACAGAAAAUAUUACUCAGCAGAGUGUUUAGAUGAUAUACAAGAAAACAUCUAUCGGCCUUUCUUUCAACACAGCUUAUCGAGGGGGUACUAUUUUAAAUACCAGGUGGUGGAAGACUACUUAGCAGCACUGUACAUUGUCAGCAAGCCAAGGACAGCAUGCAAACUGUGGCUGAAGCAAGCCACCUUGUUCAAAAGAGUGUUUCAGAUAGUGUGUGCCCUGUGGUGCAAGGAAGAUGAAAGCCUCCACAAAAAUAUUGAAUAUUUAAAGGAGUAUCUUGAAAAGUUCUUUGAUAUCUGUAAAGGUAAGACAAUGAAGAUUAGGAAUAGACAUGCCGUGCAUGGUGACAACAGCAUGGGUGACAGUGCUGGAGCUGGGAACAGAGAUGAUGAAGCAAUGAAAGUUGUCUGUGAUAACAGGAAAACAAAGAAACAAAGAAAUGAACUAGCAAUGGAGGUUGAUAAUAACAAUGACGGUAAACAAAACCAGCAAAAAAUAAACAAGAAAAAAGAUGAAAAGAAUAGUUCUGGUGAGAAGAAAAAUGACAAAGUAGUAGAAGACAAAAGGGAAGACGACACUGGACAAAGCUUUCUACGCUGGGUAUUUUUAUUCAAAAUUGUGAAGGAACACCAAAACAAUCCAGUUAUUUUAGAGUUACUUGCAGAAAUGCUAGCUUGUAAAAACAUCUGGCACUUCAAAUGCAAGUUGUUAAGUGAAGAGAUAAUAGACAACAUCUCUCUUGUGAUCAACUAUGUUCAACUAACCAGAGCACUAACCAUCAAACUGGAGGCGGGCCCCAAUGUGACUCUGCUGAUUAAGCUGUGGAACAUGUUGUGCAGCCACCACAGAGUGUGUCUGGAGGCUGAUGUUCAUCUGGUUGUCCACCAUACUGAGAGAAAUUGGAUCAUGCACGAAAAGGAGCUGGCCCGCCUGCCAUCCAUGAUUGCCCAGACUGAGACGCCCCUUCACAUUACAAAGUUUGUGGGUCCUCUGUUGUGUUCUGACACCCCACAGUUCCUGAGGUGCUUGUGCAUGAGAAAACUGGAGGUGCUGGAUGUGUCUGUGUACAACCUGCAGUCCAUGCAACAAGUGUUGGCACACCAGCACGAGAGUCUGGAGAUUGUCAGUGUAAGCGUUAAUCUGAAGGUGGAGGAGCAAAUCAUUCCUAAAGGCAUGCAGGUACAACUGAGUAAUUUUCAGAGUGAGGAGAGUAAGGCCAUUAGGGAUCUGAAAAUCACUUACUUUAAAGACAUUCAGAGACUCUUAGAUACAUUUGAGCCACCUGACUUUCUUCAGUCCCUAAAGAUCUACAAAGUCUUCAUUCAUAAAAACUUCAAGUUGGACUUUAGCCGCUUUACUGGGAUGAAGUCUCUGUUCAUCAGAUUUGUUCAGACGGAAAGACUGCCACCUCUCUCUGCAGGAGGACAGUGUCAAGACAAAAUGGAGAUUGAUAAUAAAGAUAAUUUAAGUCUUAUGCUACCUCUUGACUGUUGGGCAUUUCAACUUGUGACCAAUCUGUACCUUCCUGUAAAUCUAGAAAGAUUCCUCAUGAGAAAUCUAACAUUCUGUGAUGACUCCCGAGCACCUCUUCUUCUUAACAAGUACUGGACAACUGUGCCAUUUCAAAGACUGGUUCUCUUAGAUACCAACCUCUCUCUGUCAAAAUUCAGAAGCUCAUUAAACUCAAAGAUGGUGGAAGAGGAAGUUACAAAAUCCAUGAAGAAGUGCAGGAUUGAUGGGUCUCCAGGAUUCAUACAAGAUGUUGUAAAGCAUGAUCGGUUAAAGGAACAGGAAAGGAUUGAAAAAAGAAGACAUAAGCCAAAAGGAAAGGAACUGAUUAUCACCACUGCAGCGCAAUUCUGUCGGAAAUGCCUCUAUCUUUCCUGCAGCUGUUCUUUCUCUGGUAUCAACUAUGGGAGCGACACUUAUGAAGAUUUAGUUUCCCUGGUAAAAGAAAUGUACACUUUUGAAAUGCUUAAUGUCAGUUACAAUAGUCAAGACAUUGUAGUGAGGAAGGACAUGUGUGGAGACAUGCAGGUGCAGUGCCCCAUUCCUUCCCUGAAUGACAAGAAUGUUGAGUGCCCAGAGAGUGUGGCUGAGCUGAGCCAGAUGUUGGAGGCCAUGGCACUUGCCCAAAUCAUCUGUGUAAGCCAUACCACACUCUCUCACAAUGGAGCCACUUGCCUCAUUGACCUCAUCAGAGAGAAAAAGAGAAGAGUAGGCACUGUUGAACCCUUUAGGUUAACCAUCUUCUCAUCCUUUUACCAUGAAUCUUCUAUUAGCUCAGCAGAGGUGCAAUACAGCCUCUUCAUGAAGAAAAUUUUGGAAUACGACUGUCUGCAACAGUUCAACUUCAAGUGUGACUGUGAGAGGAAGUGCCAUAGCUUCAAGAGGUCUAUUAAAAAAAUGAUAUUUUUCAAUGACACUUUGUUACAGAGAGAAUAGGGAGACUUCUAGAAGUGUAUAUAUAUAUAUAUAUAUAUAUAUAUAUAUAUAUAUAUAUAUAUAUAUAUAUAUAUAUAUAUAUAUAUAUAUAUAUAUAUAUAUAUACAUAUACACACAGUAGAGCCCCACUUAGCGCGAGAUCAAUUAACGCGUACCACAAUUAGUGCGAGCUAUCAUCUAACAAAAAAAAAAUAAUUAGCACGAAAGCCUCAGUUAGUGUGAGCAGCUGCCACAAUUGAAUUUUGAAAAUUGCGCCAAGCCGCCGUGGUGCAUGGUACCUGAUGUGUAUCAACACAGUCGCUUCCCGCUUAUCUACCUCUAUUUCCCACCACAGCACCUCCUCCCACAUAGUUCCCCAGUCUCCCACGCUGGUCUGCUCACCUCUACUGAGGCGUACACUGAGCACCGUUAUUGAGGAUUGUGUUCCUUAUCCCAGCAGCCUGUAUGGGUGAACAGUGAGAGGUGUUUAAGUGUCCGUGUCGUGUAUACCACGAGCGAGUGCGUGAUCCUUGUGGCACAGCACCACAUGGGUUGAAAUAGUUCUACAGUGUUUGGGUGAUUUGUGAAGUAAUAAUGCCUAAGCCACAUGCAGGAAAGCACAAGUCACUUGACUUUAGUAUCAAACAAGAAGUUGUGAAACGCAAAGAGGAAGGUCAGGCAAUUCUGCAAUAGGCCGUGCAUUAGGCCUCAGUGAAUCAACUGUAAGGACAAUAUGGAAGAAAAAGGAUGAAAUCAAAGCAUCUGUUAAAGCAUACGGUACUUCUCAGAUUAAUAAUCGCAAGUGUGCUUGGGAUGAGAAACUGAUAAAAAUGGAGAGAUUCCUUGCCCUCUGGAUUGAGAGGAAAGAAAAAGAAGGCAGUUUCGUAGAUAAACGUCAGAUCAAACAACAAGCGAAAUGCUUUUAUGAAGUGAUUUGUCGUAAGACAAAUGUUCCUGUGGGUAACUUUCAUGCCUCCAAUGGCUGGCUGCAUCGUUUCCUUAAACGCAAGGAAAUAAGGAAACUUGGCUACUCAGAUGAAACGGCCAGUGCUGAUGCCAAUGCAGCAAAGGAAUUUCCCAGUAUCCUCAAAGAAAUGAUUGAUGAAGGCAAGUUUCAUCCUGACUGCAUUUACAAUAUGGAUGAGGCUGGUUUAAUGUACAAAAUGUCUCCCAAGUCAACGUUUGUGGCAAAACAAUAAAAAAGGCAAGAGGAAGGAAAGCUGACAAGGCUAGGUUGACUUUUAUUUUGUUGCAAUUUGACUGGAUCCCAUAAAAUGAAACCACUGAUCAUUCAUACAGCAAAGCAUCCAAGGUGCUACAGGCAUCUCAAAGAUAUGAGUCAGGCGCCAGUGUAUUGGAUGACGACAAAAUAGUUGGAUGAGUUCCUCAACCUGCAGGGCUUGGCUGCUUGAUUGUUUUGUCCCUGAUGCUCGUUAGAAGUGUGAACAGUUAGGCAUCCCAUUUAAUGUGAUGCUAAUAAUGGACAACUGUCCUGCUCAUCCCUACUACCUGACUGAUCUUCACUCUAACGUUAAAAUUGUUUUCCUUCCACCAAAAACCACAUCUAUUGUUCAGCCACUUGAUCAAGAGUUUAUAGGCAAUGUCACAUCUAUAUAUCAAAAGCUUGUUUAUGAGGACCUUAGACUGAAAACUGAAUGUGGAGCAGAGAUCCACCAGAUAAUCGCGGAAGCAAACGGGGAAUACCAGGAUGCUGACAUCGAUGUGGAUGAACAUCCAUCCCUUGAAGUGGAGGAAACAGAUCAACUUGUAAUCCAACAAUACACCAACCCCAAAGCAAUUUCUGUCCACCAAUAUUGGAGGGAAUUUACUGUGAGGAAUGCAACUGACUUCCUCUUGAAGGCCUGGGAUGAGAUUAACAUGCCUACAGUGCGUCAUGCCUGGCGGCCCUUAGUGCCCCACUUGGUGUCGGAUGAGCGUGGCAAACUCCAGACACACUCAGUCUCCCUGAUGGAAGCUGCUGCUGCUGCAUGUCGUGUUCCUGGUUUUGAGAAUGUCACGCCAGAUGAGAUUAAAGAGGUGAACACCGCUGGGGACAUAAUGACACCUGAAGUUAUCAUGGAUGUGGCAACUAUUGAGGAUGUUCUAGAGAAUGAAAACUAAGGCAAGGCGGUGGAAGCUCCACCACCUGGUGAACUCACCAUGCAGCAGCUGAGCAGAAUACUGGCUGGGGUUGACGCUUUUAAAGAGUGCAUUACAGAAAAUGAAAACUGCAGUGUGUGCAUAACAGAAAUGGUGCAUCAACUGGAUAAAGUGAUGCAUUAUUAUACAGACCUGCACUCAAAAAAAGUGAAUGAGAGACGGCAAACUCUCAUAACAAGA